CCAUGAAAUAGAAAUCAGUAACAGCUUCUCGUUGAACCUUGUUGUCCGCCGUCUCCUCGACCUCACCCGCGUCGCGCCAGGCCGCCAGCCAUGCCGGUGCGACUCCGGCCGGCGCCGCUGCCUCUUUCUCCGGCCCGCGGCUUCUCCACCACUGCCGCCAAGACCACCGUGCAGCUCGCCCACUUGGCCCCUCUCCCGUCCACCCUCCCGCCGCCGUCCCACUGCACCGUCACCCCGCCCGUCCAGCCCUGGCCGCGCCGCCUCACGCCGCGGAACUUCUCCCGCCUCAUCCUCCGCCUCCCAUCCCCGCACCUCGCCGUGCUCGCCUUCCGUCACGCGCUCUUCCACUCCACGCCACCCCUUCCCCCUUCCCUCCCCGUCUUCGCCGCCGUCCUCUCCCGCCUCCCGGGCGCCGACCCCUCCCUCCUGCCCCCCGUCCUCUCCGCUCUCCGCGCCGCCCGCCUCCCGGCCUUCUCCGACCGCGCCUUCCUGCCCCUCCUCCGCGCGCUCCCGCCGCUCCCUUCCCUCCGCCUCUUCCUCUCCCUCCCGUCCUUCAACUCCCACCCCUCCGUCCGCUCCUUCAACGCGCUCCUCCACUCACUCGUCGCCGCGCGCCGCCUCCGCCUCGCCGCCGCCCUCUUCCGCGCGGCGCGCGCCAAGCUCUACAUCACGCCCGACCUCGGCUCCUGCAACAUCCUGCUCAAGGGCCUCGUUGGUGUCGGCGACCUCGACGCCGCUCUCAAGGUGCUCGAUGAAAUGUCCGGGUUUGGGAUCGUCCCUGACGUCGUCACCUACACUACGGUUCUCUCCGCCUACUGCGCAAAGGGGGACCUCAAGGGUGCACAGAGGCUAUUCGGUGAUAUAAUUGCCAGCGGACGUAGGCCAGAUGUUACCAUGUACACGGUGCUUAUUGAUGGAUACUGCCGGAGCGGGAAGAUACAGGAUGCAGCUAGGAUUAUGGAUGAGAUGGAGACAGCUGGGGUGAAGCCGAAUGAGGUUACGUACUCGGUCGUGAUCGAGGCCUGCUGCAAGGAGGGGAAAUCUGCCGAGGCGUGCAAUUUAAUGCACGAGAUGCUAGGGGCAGGAUACACGCCAGACACACCACUGGGUGCUAAGGUGGUCGACGUGCUGUGCCAGGACGGGAAGGCGGAGGAGGCAAAUCAAAUGUGGAGAUGGAUGGUCAAGAAGAACGUGCCACCGGAUAACACAAUCACAAGCACGUUGAUCUACUGGUUGUGCAAGAGUGGAAUGGUUCAGGAGGCAAGAAAGCUGUUUGAUGAGCUCGAAAGGGGAUUUAAACCAAGCUUACUGACUUAUAACUCACUUAUCUCCGGAUUAUGCGACAAUGGGGAGUUACAGGAGGCUGGUCAGGUGUGGGAUGACAUGGUUGAACGAAGAUAUGAACCAAAUGCCAUAACUUACGAGGCCUUGAUCAAAGGAUUUUGCAAAAUUGGGAAGCCAGAUGAAGGGGCUGCAGUCUUUACAGAAAUGGUGACCAAAGGGUGCACCCCAAGCAAGUCCCUUUACCAAGUUUUGGUUGAUAGCCUUUCUGAGCCAAUACAUGAUGAUAUUGCUUGCAAAAUUCUUGAAACUGCGGCUUCAAGUGGCCAGGAUUUCUUGGAUGGUAAUUCUUGGGAAAUCUUUGUCAGGAAAGUAUUAAGUACAUGUAAUACUUGGAACAAGCACCUCAACUUAGUUCUAGAUGCAUAAUCAUGAGAUGUGCAGACUAUGGCUAAAACUUCUUAUUUUAUUCAAGUAUAUUUCUGAAGGAAGGUUAUGGGGCUAUUCUUCCACUGAAACCAACACUGUCUCAAGCACAUUUAUCUAUUCAUUCUGCAGAAUAGAUUAAUUGGGGAGAUGAGGGUGAUGUUUAAUUACUCAUGAAGGGGUUCAUACCAAGCUAGUUGACUAUUUGAAAAGAGUCAGUUAGGAGGUUGGCUAGAUGUGUGAAUGGCAAUGGUGAACGAGGAUCUGAACCAAAUACCAUGGACAACAAAGCCUUGAUGAAUGGAUUUUGCAAGUCGAGGAAAUUUAAUGAAGGCUGCAACCCAAGUAAUUUCCUUUCCAAGUUUUGGUUAAUGGCCUUUCCGAACCAAUAAGCUGCGUGGCAAAAUUCUUGAAACUGCAUACUUAAGCCUCCAGUAUUUAUUGGAUGGCAAUUGUUGGCCAAUUACUCAUCCAGAAAUGAUUAUAAAGUAUGAUACUUUGGGCAAGCAUCCCAGUUUCAUGUUA